AUGACGGAGCAAAGUUGUCAGGGGCGCACGGCAGAAUCAGCCCCCGGCUCAAAUCCCCAGUACGGCUUCAAGAUAACCGAUUGCAGCAAGUACUGCGGCCCCACAGGCUCCGCAGUUAACGGCCCCACCCUGUCUUUCAGCAGCUUCAGACAGUCACUCACUUCCAAUGUCAAUUACUUGAAACGAAGGUUCAGCUCCGGGGAUCUAUCCUCGGAGUGCGACGACACUGAGGCUCCGGUGGAUCCCUACACCAGAAAAACGCCGCCAGUGACGUCGCAGCCCCAGGCUCCACCUCCACCUCCUCCACCAGCUAGUCAAGGCUCGUCAUCUGUCAGCUCGGGCAUCGGAUCAACAGCAACCUCAGGCUCUGCUUCUGGUUCCGACCUAUCCCUGAAUCUUCGAAGCGGUUCCAAAACUACCAGUGCACCAAGUAGUCCUGCAAAAUCUAGGGAAUCUCUCUUGCAGAGGGUGCAAUCCUUGACAGGACAGGCAAGAGAUCAGGGAGCGUCUAUAUUAGUCCUGUUGUUGAAAUGA